GUUUUUUGGCAAGGCAAUUGGGCAAGCUAUGGAUUUGCAGCCUUUCACGCUCUCUUUCUUAUCUUGCUUUAUCCACGCAAGUGGUGACUUUGCCAAUCGGCACUAGGGCACAGUUGGCCCUCGGUGCCUUGCGUGCCAUGGGCGCACAGCCGUUCGAGCUGUUUGUGCGAACGCCGGCCGAGAUUGUUUUGCAAUUGGAGGUGCAGCCGACCGACACCGUGGAAGAAGUGAAGGCCAGAAUUGCGACUCUUGAGGGCACGCCAGUGGAGCGGCAGAGGCUGAUGCGGCAAGGUGCUCCGCUGACCAACACCCGCAGUCUGCAGGCUUGCGGCGUGGCAUCCGGGAGUGUCCUCCUUUUGGUGCCGCGGCUUGGAGAAUUGGGGCAGCGCAGCUGUGCUCCGCGCCUCCCGGAGCCCAAGCCAGCGUCUGGCAUCCCGAGACCACGCGUCCCACUAGUCUGUACGGACAUUGCGCGGCCCUUCCCCAUGAGCCUGGAGUUCGUGAGCGUGGCCGAGUAUCAAUGCUUCAUGCUCGCGCUUCAGCGCCAGGUCGGGCGAAAAUCGCUGACGUCGAGCAUCGCCAAAGUCGCGGAGGCCGACGAGAAGGCACCCUUCCUGGAGAUCCUGUUGCCCGACAUGCGACCUCCCGUCCAGACUCGGGUGACCUUUGACGAAGAGACAGAAGUACUGCUCAUCGACACCGUUGGAGAUAUCCUGAUGGACAAUGCCCAGUAUCGUGUGCUGCUGCACCUGAAAGAGGAGCAGAAGUUCGCGCUGCUGGUAACGGGCAUCCGCCCUCAUCAGUGAGGCGCCUCGAGUUUCACCCAAGCUGAACGGCGACUCGUGCCGCUUGCGCCGCUCAGAAGCCCCGCUUGCGCCGCUUGUGC